GAUCGAGGCUAUGCGCAAUUAUGCACAGUCGCUGCAGUUUUGUAGCUAGCUCACCAGUUUGGACAUAAUUAUAGCAAUGGAGGAUUCAAUUGCAGUUGAAGAGGCUCUCAAUAAUAAGGGAUCUCUGAAAAGAAGAAUUCUUCAGGGCGAUAAAAAGAAAUUUCAGAAGUAUGUCAACUCCACCACAACUCAUGGAGUCAAGCACAUCUUCAAUGGAAAAUCUUUUAUACGAAGAAGCUUCUGGGCUAUUCUAUUUAUUCUGUGUCUCAUUGGAUGCCUGAAUGGUAUCAUAAGCUCUAUCAUCGCUUAUUCUAAAAUCCCUACAUCAACAACUGUGUACACAGAUCAUGUGGAUCAUCUGACCUUUCCUGCAGUCACUAUUUGCAACUUGAAUGGCUACAAUGUCUCGUACCUCGAAGAGAACAACCUCACCAGAAUCAUAACAACUGCUGUUUAUGACGAAGAUAAUAUUGAGCAAUGUGGUUCUUUUGUUCCACACAACUUCCCCAAAAACAGAACUCUUUACGAUACUGUGCUUGAGACAAGUCAAUCUAUCGAUAACCUUAUUGCAGGUUGCCACUUUCUGGGAAAAAAGUGCAAGAGCUCUGAUUUUAUUCAAUAUGUUGUACCAAAUGGCAAGUGCUUUACAUUCAACGGUAGAAACGCUGAGAGAAACUACAAGACUGUUACUGGAGACGGAUUUCGUCACGCUCUCGAACUGGUGUUGAAUAUUCAGCAAGAUGAAUUUGGUGGCUCUGUAAAUAGUGAAGUUGGUGCUUUGAUAAGUGUGCACGAACAGAAUGUUCCAGCACGUGUUUGGGAAACUGGAGUCACUGUACCUGUUGGCCAUAGUGCUUACUUGGCCGUCACACGUGAGCAAAUCGUAGACAGAACUAAUCGUGGUAAUUUAAAAGAAUUGGAGUGUGUUCAACCAGCGGAUGCUCCACAAUUUGAGCUUUUCACUAGCUACAACUAUUCUUUCAGUGCCUGUCGUGGUGAAUGCAUUACACAAUCAUUGGUUGAUACCUGUGAAUGUCUGUGGACAAAUUCGAGAGAUUCACCGUACCGCAAUUGCAAUAUCUCAGACAUUUGCUGUAUUUACACUGUCCUCAAGAAAAGUGCAGAAUGUCCGUGUUCAGUGCUAUGCAACCAUACUUCAUACGAAGUUGUACCAAGCUAUUCUACUUUUCCAUCAAGUACAGCUGUCAAUGCAAUAGCAGAUAGCUUCAAUGUGAGCCGAGAGACAAUACAAAACAACUAUCUUAAAGUGCAUGUCUUCUACAAGUCUCUGUCAAUUAACAAACAGAUAACGGAAAUAUCAUACACUUUUACAGAACUGAUAGCCAAUAUCGGUGGCAAUAUGGGUCUAUUUCUUGGUGCCAGUAUUAUUUCUCUAACUGAGUUCCUAACCAUGAUUCUAGACCAAAUCAAGGACAGACUUUUUGGAAUCAGAGAAAGAAAGCUCAGGAGCUCAUUAGACAAAUGGUUGGUCAAGAAACUUAAAGUUGACCAGUCUUAUGAACCAGAAAUAGAUGCUUUGGAAAAGGUUAAUGAGAAUGAAUUUGUAAAUUCUUAUGUGGACUUUGCUACCAAGAACAGAGACACUGAUUAUUAUAGUACAGAAGCUGAACAAUAAAGUGUUGUCUGCGUCUAUUAUUGUUCGUUUCUCCAUGCAUAUACAUGAAUAUUAUUGGCACAUUAUUGGUUGUCAUGUGAA